AUGUGUGCUCGCUACGAGAAAGCCCUCGACUCCUUCCUCUCUACACCAACCACUGCAACUGCCGCAACCACUGCAGCCACACAACGCUCUCAGCAGCCAGGGGCAGCUUUAGAGCCAGACCUGCUGUUUGUGUUUGCAAGGAAGAAGCAGACGCCACUCGAUUCAGGCGGAACAGUGGACCCCAAGUCUCGACCCAAAUCCCGACCCCCUUGGCUGCAGUGGACGCUUGUCGCCCAGCUCGCCCUGCCGCCUCUCGCCCUCACCACUGCCCUUCACGAGAUCCGAGACACUGCUACUGAUCUUGCGGGCUACCCUGCUUCUAUACACGAUGCCAGGAGCACAGGUGGCCCUGCUGGUAUGACUUUUGAGAGGUCUCAAAAGUCGUCAGAUUCUACGGGCAAACCUGCUGCUAUACACGAUGCUGGGAGCUCAGAUGGGGCUGUUGUUGGUGAGGCCCUUGGUUUACCAGCCGCCGCCACGCGUGCUGCUGUGCUGGCAGCGUACGAGGCCGCCACGUGGCGGCAGCAGGCCUCCAUCCUGCGCCACGUGGCACGCCUCCAGCUCAGUGCUGACUGGGACGUGCUGGGCUUGUCUGCUGCUUCAGCAGGAGGAUACAUUGUGGCAGGCGAUGGUGACAAUAGGGGUGGUGACAAUAGCGAUGGUGACAGUGAUGAAGACGAAUGGGGAGAGCAGGACCAGACGGAGGAGGAUGAAGAGGACGAGGGAGAGAGCAGAGAGGAGGGAGAGGGUGAAGAGAAGGGAGAAGGGAGGGAUUCAGAAGUGGAGGAGGGGGAGGAGGAAGAUGAGGAUUUGGUGUGGUCUGAAGCUGAAGAGCAGAGGGCGCUAGCACGGGAUGCAGAGAUGCUGAAGCAGCAGCAGGGAGGGCAAGGAAUCACGAGUCAGGAACUGUUGUGUGAAGGUUUAACUGGUGGAGGUGACAUUGACGUUCUUGCUGGUGGUGGUGCUGCUGCUGUUACAGCUGGAGCUGGUGCCGAGAAUGAUAAUGGCGGCUCGAUUAGUGAUGGCGGUGAUGAGUUGUCUGUAAUGGAGCAGACAUUGGUUAGGAAAAAAGAAGUGGCAGCUGGGGAGGUGAAAGCAGCAGUGGGGCCGUUUGAUUCAGUCAUGCUGAUUGGGGAGCUGACACUGCUGUAUGCUAUUGAGAAUGGGGAGGAGACAUUUUGA